AAAAUUCUCCGGCUCGCUCCCUAUUCCGCUCCUCCUCUCUCUCUCUCUCGCUCGCUCUCUCUGUUUCUUUCUCAACCUCACCGACACUGUUUUCCUUCGCGGAUUCGUCACUCUUUUUCCCUUAUGUCCAUCUUUUGAUCCGAUUCGGUUCUAACGUUGACGCUAUCAAAUUUUGUUGCGGAGAUUUCCCCCUUUUCUUUUCCACUGUCCUUCUCAGGAUCUAGGGCUUUGAUUUUCUAAACUCCUGCUCGCAUUAGGUCAUUCAUUCUAUUACUGUUCGCAUAGAUGAUCUUCGGCUCGGUGUUUUUGAGGUUUAGGGUUCCGAUUUUCUGUUUAAUCUGAUUUUCGUUUCUAGGUUUGUUUCGAAUUCCUGGUCGGAUCCAGUGGGUUUCUAUUUCAUUUUCUUUUCGUUAGGUGUUUUUUAGGAUCAUCGUUAUUCGAAAAAGAAUAAGAAAAGGAAAAAUCUUUUUACGAGGUUGAGAUGAAUAACUCUGGGGCAGUGACGACUUUGUCGCAACCUUCCCAGUCGGCGGCUAAGCAAUAUGGCGUGACGAAGCCGAUAUCCAUGGCUGGGCCGACGGCGGCUGAUUUACAAAGGACUUUGGAGUUAGAGAAGUUUCUGGGUCGUUCAGGGCUAUAUGAGAGCAAAGAGGAGGCUGCUAAGAGAGAGGAGGUCCUUCAUCGACUUGGACAGAUAGUAAAGGAUUGGGUGAAGCAACUGACUCGGCUAAGAGGAUACACUGAUCAAAUGGUGGAAGAUGCAAACGCUGUCAUAUUCACAUUUGGUUCUUAUCGGCUUGGGGUGCACGGUCCUGGGGCAGACAUAGACACAUUAUGUGUUGGACCAUCCUAUGUGAACCGAGAGGAGGACUUUUUCUUUGUAUUGCAUGACAUUCUGGCUAACAUGGAUGAGGUCUCUGAACUGCAACCGGUUCCAGAUGCUCACGUACCAGUUAUGAAAUUCAAAUUUGAUGGAAUAUCAAUUGACCUGCUUUAUGCCAGUACAUCUUGCUUGGUUGUGCCUGAAGACUUGGACAUAUCUGAUGUAUCUGUCUUAUACGAUGUGGAUGAGCCUACUGUUCGAAGCCUGAAUGGGUGUCGAGUUGCAGAUCAAAUUUUAAAGCUUGUUCCAAAUGUUGAGCACUUUCGAACAACACUUCGGUGCUUAAAAUUUUGGGCCAAAAGACGAGGUGUUUAUUCCAAUGUGACUGGAUUUCUUGGUGGUGUGAAUUGGGCUCUUCUUGUUGCUCGAGUGUGCCAGCUCUAUCCGAAUGCAGUUCCAAGUAUGCUCGUUUCUCGAUUCUUUCGAGUGUAUACGCAGUGGCGCUGGCCAAAUCCUGUCAUGUUAUGUCCAAUUGAGGAGAAUGAGCUUGGAUUUUCUGUUUGGGAUCCUCGUAAAUACCCUCGUGACAGAACACAUCAUAUGCCUAUCAUUACUCCUGCCUAUCCCUGCAUGAAUUCUAGUUACAAUGUUUCAACAAGUACACUUCGUGUUAUGAUGGAACAGUUUCAGUAUGGCAAUAAGCUCUGUGAGGAAAUAGAGCUGAACAAAGCCCGUUGGAGUUGUAUGUUUGAGCCAUACCUUUUCUUUGAAAGUUAUAAGAACUAUCUUCAGGUAGACAUAGUGGCAGCUGAUGCUGAUGACUUGCGGCUAUGGAAAGGGUGGGUGGAAUCUCGACUUCGGCAGCUGACUUUGAUGAUUGAGCGGGACACUCUCGGAAAGUUGCAGUGUCAUCCUUAUCCUCAUGAGUAUGUGGAUGCUUCUAAACAAUGUGCACAUUGUGCUUUCUUCAUGGGCUUGCAGAGGAAGCAAGGGGAGAUUGUUCAAGAAGGUCAACAGUUUGAUAUACGCGAGACAGUUGAUGAAUUUCGGCAUUCUGUUAAUAUGUACAUGUUUUGGAAACCUGGGAUGAAAAUACAUGUUUCUCAUGUCCGUAGAAGGCAAAUUCCAUCUUACGUUUUGCCUAAUGGUUAUAAUAAGAGAUCUCGACCAUCAAAGCCAACAGCACAAGUAGAGGAACCUGUUAAAUCAUUUCACGCAGAUGGGGUGUGUAGGACUGAACAUGAUGGAAACCGUAAGAGGAAAAAUGAGGACAUGGCGGGUGAGAACCAUCAUGUUAUUGCAAAAAGGCUUUCUAGCAGUCCUCAGAGGCAAGAUUCAAUUUCUUCAGACAUUUUGGAAAAAUCGGUGGAUAGCUUGGGCAGCAGUACGAAAAACAGAAUGUGCCAGUUUGAAGUGAAUCAAUUUCAAUGUUUGGCUUCCAAGGAUUUUUCUACUGAUGCCAUGUCUGGUGGUCAAGGUCAAGAGUUGAGGGCUAUGGAGAGCAUUGGGUUGUCCUAUAGAGGGCAAAAUGAUUUGGAUAAAGGAAUGACAUCUCCUGAACAAGAACCUGAAUGUGCGUCAAAUUCUAGUGUCAUUACAUCUGCUACAAGUGAUGGUGGUUCUUCAGAGGAUGCUGGUAUUGAAUCAGUGGCAGACUGCGCUGAGGGUAACAUGGGAGCAGUUGAGGGGACUGUUAGAGGUGGUGAUGGGAGGGCUUCUUUGCAGGAGGAUGCUGCAUGUGGGAGAGACUCUGUUGCGCUUUUGGAGAAUGCAACAACUAGUGAAAAAGGAUUAUUGCAAGAUGAGCUCUGGAACAAUAUGAGUAGGAAAGGUUCUUGAUUCCAGGGUUAUUGAUGGCUCAAGUUGUACAGAAGCUAGAGAUAAGGAGAUUCAAUUUAAUGUAAAUAACACAGGAGAUUUGAAUUUAGCAUCAACCAAGAGUAAAUGAAUUCGACAUCAAUUUCUGGAGAGAUCAAAUUUUGUAUCACAUCACAAUCUUAAGAGGGAGCACAUAAGUGAAAAGGCCAUCAAGUUCGGGUAAGUACUGAAUUUAAAAGGUGGCGUUCAUUGCUCUUAACUCUUUUCAGGCAUGCUCGGCUGUCCCUCCAACCUCGCAAAUGUGGGACUUGUCAUUUGCUGAAGAGCUUCUAGGUGUGACAGCUCAGCUACGUCUGUCAUAAUCUUUUGGUGCAUUAUGGAACUUACACAGGAUGUUGUCUUGUCCUCUUAGAGUUGGCUAGGAUUCUCCCUGAACAUCUUUGGCAUGCAGUUGCGGGUGUUAUGUUUUGUGGCAGAUUUGUGGUCAUUUUCCCUUUUCUACUGCGUUUAGCUUUUUGUUGCAUAUUUUUCCGGGAGGUAAAGAGGCAAAACAGAUGGUGGGUUGGGGUAGGUGGGUGGGUUGGGUAUGAAAUUGAGGAAGACGCAUACAUGGCAAACACGUCUUUUGUACAUUUCUGCCUUGACGUAUAUUUAGUACAAACCCCGUUAUUUUGACCUGUACUUACGUUU